AUGCAACAUCAAGGUGUAUUAAGAAUAGGAUCAUAAGAUUCAUUCUCUAGAAAAAGCUAAAUGAAUCAAUUACAUACAACUCCUAGUCAUCGGAAAACCUCAUAAAAUAAAUAACAAUCAAUAGAUUAAAUACCAGAUAAUGCAUUAGAAAAGUUUUACUUAUAUAAACAGAAAAAGAAUGAUAUACGAAUGAAAUAAUAAUUGAGCAAAUAGACACAAAGAUCUUCAUAGAACUCUAUUGCUUAAUAAAAUAAGUUCUUCAUUAAUGCAAAUUUCGUUAACAAUUAAGGUGUAUAAUAAAAGCGUUCUGCAUAAUCUGUUACAAUAGAAGCAAUGGAAUCAGUAAAAAGAACUAUCAAAACUGAUAUGGGAAAUCCUGCAUCAAUAUUAAGCAAAGCUAAAAGUUUAGGUCCAGAUGAAUAAAUGUAAUAAAUCAAACAUCAUAAUGUUGUUGUUAAAUUUGGAAAUUAAGAUUUUUAUUUUUAUUUUGAAUCUCAGUAAGUCUAUAGUAAUAUUUCUUUAGUCUUAAUAUGAAAUAAAUUUGGUUUCAAAUUUUACAAAGAUUACAUGAUUUAGAAUUUGCUAAUCCAUAAGAAUGUUAUGCUAAUUUAAAAGAUAAACCAUCAGUUAAUUAAAUAGUUAGUUUUGUAUCUUAAUAACAUUCAAUCUCUAUAGAUUAUUAUAUUGCUUAACCAGACUUAUCAUUUAAUGUUUUUAUGAAUUCAGGAUUGAAAUUAGAAGCAUUCUUAUUAUAAGCAUCACCUGAUCCAAAAGUUGGUCUUAAAGACUUUAUAUUUUUAAAAAAUAUUGGUGUAGGAGGCUUUUCUUUAGUGUAUCUUGUUAGAAAAAAGGAUACUGGAAAAUUCUAUGCAUUAAAAUUAAUUGAUAAAGAAUUUAUUAUUGCAAAAAAGAAAUAGUAAAUUGUUUUAAAUGAAAGAAAUAUAAUGACAUUACUCAAUAGUCCAUUUUUAUUACAUUUAUCAUAUGCAUUUGAAUCUAGAUAAUUUGUUGUUUUUGUAUUGGAAUUCUGUCAAGGAGGAGAACUCUUUUUUCAACUUAAAUAGAUUAAAAGAAUGAGUGAAGAUUAAGCAUGUUUUUACAUAUCAGAAAUUUGUUUGGUAUAUAAAUUAAUUCUUAUUCUUAGGGUUUAUAAGAGAUACAUUCUUUAAAUAUAUUAUAUAGAGACAUAAAACCAGAAAAUAUUUUAAUGGAUAUAGAAGGUCAUGUUAGAAUAGCAGAUUUUGGUUUAAGUAAACCUGAAAUUGGAAGAGAAGAAAAAGCAUACAGUUUUUGUGGAUCUCCUGAAUACAUGGCACCAGAAAUGUUGUUAAAACUAGGACAUUCAUAAACAGUAGAUUUUUAUUGUUUAGGAGCAUUAUUAUAUGAAUUGCUUACUGGAUUACCUCCCUACUAUUCAACAAAUACUAAUCAAAUCUAUUAAGAUAUUUUAUAUUCUAAAUUGUCAUUUCCAAAUGAUGUAUCAUAUUUUUAAUUUCUCUUAGUUAACAUUAUCUAAAGAAGUCAAAAAUUUAUUGGUUGCACUACUUGAAAAAGAUCCAAUCUAGAGAUUAGGUGCAAAUGGAGGUGUUUAGGAAAUUUUAAAACAUCCUUUUUUCUCUUAAAUUGAUUUUAAAUAAUUAGCACUUAAAAAAGUUAAACCUCCAUUUAAACCUGAUCCUUUAAAAAUGAAUUUAGAUGAAAAGGAAUCUUAAAGAGGAGAAUAAGAUUUUAGAAAAAAAAUUGCUUAAGGUAAAUCAAUGAAUUUACCAGUAAUAUUUGGUUCCUCUUUUUUUUAUGAAUCACCUUAAGAAGCAUAAACAAAAUCUAUCUAUAAAGAAUGGAUUUAACAUACAAAUAUAUAACCUAAUACUCCAUGUGUUGCAUCAUAUCAUAGUUAAGGAAGGUAUGAAUUUAAAUUAAUUUAGAUCUGCAAAAUCUCAGGAUAUUAUUCCAUUGAUUUAAUCAGUUAAAAAUAAUCCUCGAUCUCGUUAAAUGUUAAAUUAGAAAUCAAAUUUUUAUAAGGCUACAGGACAAAAACUCUCUUUAGAAAGAAUUAAUUAGGAAAAAAAGUUUUUUUCUAAAGUGUGA